AUGGUUUAUAAGAGUCCACACUAUGAAGGAGAUCGUUCAACGAUAGCAAAGGAUAAAGAUGGUAGAAAUUUCUAUAUUCCAGCCAAAGCUCUGAACAUAGUUUGGGGCAAAGAUGGCCGCUACUGGAACCUACCGGACAAUCCUAAUAUGCCUGCAGAACUGUUGCAGGUGUCCUGGCUUGAAGUUAGCAGUUGUGUCGAUGAGAUAAAUCCUAAAAAGAAGUACGAAGUGGGGUUCAAAAUAUCGUUAAAGGCGGAUGCAUUUGGUUGGAACAAAUAUCCUGUCUACAUUAUGAUGAAGAGAGGACAGGAGGGAGAAAUUUCUUGGAAAAAAGUCUCUUUGAACACCAAUAAUAUUGUGUGGAGUGGAAAGUGGAAAGGAGGCCUGCAAAUUCACGGUGCAUUUGUCAGAGAAGCAGCUUAA